AUGAUCGAAGGAUUAUUACUGCUAUCAGGUAUGGGAGCUCCGACGCGAAAAUUCUUUGCGACCAACGAAAUUGUUGACGUGACUUAUAGAAUAUCCACCAAAUAUGGGCCACACGACGGGUCUGGGUUUCGAAGAUCGAAUGUGCUGGAUGACGGUCGGCACGGUGAGUUAGACACUCAGUGGCUAGGAUACCUUACUAGUGCUGACAUUUCCACCGAGGCCGUCAGGCUGGGUUACCUCCUGGGCCUUGAGCAGCUGGUCAUGCAGCCAGAUGAUAUUGAGGAGAGAUUUGUCGACGAUCGAGGUAGAGGGAAGAUUGUAUGGUCUUAUUGCUUCCUCCUCGAUCGACAAAUAUCCAUUCGCGUUGGAAAACCAUUCUGGCAUCGAAGUCCUGGGAUGACGAUUCAGCACCUGCACUUUGAUCCGGCCGAUGACUUCCCUCAGAUGCGCGAGAUCGAGGGCCUUCAAGACGACUACGCCGCAUACUUGCAGUGUCUCAUGCAUAUAACGCAGAUACUGAGUAAUGCGCACGACCUGUUAUACCCCUCGAAAAGCCACUCGCUGGCCAUCGCGAAGGCCGAGCACUACUACAAGCACAUUGACGAAUUUACCGAAGCGCUAUCCGCAGUCCGGAACAGAUGGCAAAAGAAGCCAUGGAGGACCUAUCCGAUCAAUGAAUGCGUCUGGAUAUCGUUCCUGCCCUCACAGCACCAUCUGCGCCUGUAUAUCUAUUCAUUCUCCUUGCAGGCGCAUAUGCAACGGGCAGAAAGCUGUAACGAUGGUCGCCGGCCACUAGUCUACUUUCCCACAGGUCUGAUGGGCAGCGUUGACGCUCGUUUCAUCAUUGAGGCAAUGAAUGCAGCGGCCGAUGUGCUUCGCCUGGCCAUAGGCAGGUUUCAGCCUUCCGGGUCUUUAGCAUACCUUCCGUUGAGGUUCUUCCUCUUCUUCAGUCACGCAGGCGUAUUCCUACUCAAGGCAGCAGUGAUUGUCCCACUACCACCAUCGCAGAAAAGGGCGAUCCUUCACCUAAUCCGCGCCCUCAUCAGUUGUAUGUCGAUGGCCUCAUCGGACCCCAGACAUCCCGCCGUGCGCAAUUCAUCUGCCCUCGAUGGACUCCUGAGACGCAUAUAUCGCGAUCAUGACAUCCAGACGCCCGCCGUUACCUAUUCGCCCUCGACUGGCGUGAAUCGCUCCGGCCCGAGCGCCAACUCGACGGACCCUGCUGUUGCCUCCAGGUCUCGCCCGAGCGAUACCGACCUGCCGACCUUCCUUGGGAGCCACGAGUCUCCCUUUGUCGCGGAGCGGCCGUUACAGCAGCUCGCAGCGGACAUUGACGCCGUAUUCGGGGUUGAACAGGGUCACCCCGACAUCACUGUACCGCUGGCCGCCGAAAAUACUAGUAAUGAUCUCCCUACGAUCGCGCCUGCAUCUGACAUAUUUGCUUCACUCUUCAAUUACGACGACCGGGACUUUUGGGACGGAUUCACUCCAAUGGCUUUUGACUGA